CAGCGGCAGCUGUAUAAAGUCAGCCCAGCAAACUGAGGGUGACAUUUUUUUUGCCAGAAGCCGGGCAGUAUGGACCUCACUCUUCUGUGGGUUCUUCUGCCACUGGUGACCACAGCCUGGGGCCAGUAUGGUGGCUACGGGUACCCAUACCAGCAGUACCAGGACUACGGUGAUGAUGGAUGGGUGAAUCUUAACCGCCAAGGCUUCAGCUACCAGUGUCCCCACGGGCAAGUGGUGGUAGCUGUGAGGAGCAUCUUUAGCAAGAAGGAAGGCUCUGACAGACAAUGGAACUAUGCCUGCAUGCCUACACCCCAAAGCCUGGGGGAGCCCACUGAGUGCUGGUGGGAGGAGAUCAACAGGGCCGGCAUGGAAUGGUACCAGAAGUGCUCCAACAAUGGAUUGGUGGCGGGGUUCCAGAGCCGCUACUUCGAAUCAGUGCUGGAUCGUGAGUGGCAAUUUUACUGCUGCCGCUAUAGCAAGAGGUGUCCAUAUUCCUGCUGGAUGACAACAGAGUACCCAAGCCACUAUGGGGAAGACAUGGACAUGAUUUCCUAUGACUACGAUUUUUAUAUGCGAGGAGCAACAACCACUUUCUCUGCAGUGGAAAGGGAUCGCCAGUGGAAGUUCAUCAUGUGCCGGAUGACUGACUACGACUGCGAAUUCGAAAACGUUUAGGCUCGCCGCGUACAGAAGUCCGGGUGAAGGGUCAGGGCCCAGGUGUCCUGAGGGUGUCAUAUCACAUAUGUUAAUAUUGAUUAGAACAUCUACACUUCUUUCUUUUGCUCUCUUCCCUGGGAUGGGAGCUAUGGUGUCGGCUGCCUAGGCCUUUCUCACCACGAUCACACAUAUAAAUAAACUCACAAUUAAGCCAUGUUUCUCCCUUUCAACACAUUCCAAGACAAUCAUGUCUAGUUGCUGAUGGCAGCUUCCUUGCACAGCACAUGUACAGAGCCUGCAUGCUUACAGCCUGCCACCCGGAGCACCUGUCGCAGCCUUGCUGUGAUUCGCACUAUAACUUGAGCUUCAGAUUCAGCUUCGUGAACUUGGAGAGAAAGAAGGAGCUUGAGAGAGGUGGGAUAAAGGUUCUCUGUAGCCAAGUCUGUUUGAGUGACAGCACCUAGAGACCUCACCUGGGGUGGUGGGGGGUCACUCUCUGUCUUGAGGGAACACGUCUACUCUCUCCUUCCACAAAAGCCACAUAGACUUAGAAGUUCAAGUAAAGAUCUAUGUGCUUCAGAAGAGAGGGGACUUGGAGGUGAAAGGGGGAGGUGGGAGGGUUUGAGGACUGAGCUGAAAGACUUUAGACAGAAAGAACGUCCUCUAUUCAAAGAUAUACACCAGCAGACCCAACAGUGAGAAUGAAUAUGAGGGCCAGGAAAACCUGUGCGAAUCAGUCUCAAGACAGAAACAAUGAAAGAAAGAUAAGUGAAUGAGAUUCACAUUGGGAACCUGGGGAGACAAGAGUGGUCAGAGGAGAAGAGAUCUUGGGUUAUCAGCAGCUUGAGACACACCCAGUAUUCAUAUGAAGACUGUAAUAUCCCUAGAAGCCAUAGGGACGCCAUCUCUGGAUUGGUCCUGAAGGAUAAUUCUCCCUUUCCCAUGGCACUUGAAAGUGUAUUCUGCAGAGAUGACACUGUAAUAUCUCUGUCUCUAGCCAUUUGUACCUUCUUCUUUAAAAAAAAAUAAAAGUAUCAAUAUUCACUGUGCCAUAAA